AUGGCGAAAAGAUCAUCAUCAUCAAUUAUUUUCAUUCUUCUGCUAAUUUGUCUCUUCCAUGGGAACACGAUCGUAGCAUUCCAGCGUCAUAGAUUAGGGCGGGGGACAGAGUAUUGCGACAGAUUCGCUUCUUUUCCUCAAAAGCUUUUGCAUAUCCGAGAUGGUUAUUGCUAUGACUCAGUAUGUGACAACGCAUGCAGAAACAAGUUUGGAGGUAUUGGACUA